CGAGGAACUCAGUGGGCAGCCCAGGGAAAGGGCCAACUGUGGGCACCCUGCCCCUUGCCAUCCCGUCCCCCUUGAAGAGCGGCUGAAAGGUAAGUGGACUUUCUAUGUGGCUUUGAUGGAGAAGAGAGCCCUGCGGGCCAUUCUCACCUUCUCAGGAGAGGCUCCCUCCAGCGUCUGGGGCGUCUACGCGUCUGUUCUUGUCUGAAUGAGCCUCUCUCUCUCUCUCUUUCUAUAUAUAUAUAUAUACACACACACACACACCUAAUGCUGGUUGAAGAAAUAAAUUGGGCAGCUGCCAACAUGAUAUGUAUCAACCUUGGCUAACACAUAUGGAUUUCAAUUUAAUAUAAAUAUUUCCACCUUAGUGCCAAACUGGAAAUAUAAUUUUUUUUUGCUUUUAGCUGAUAAAUCAAAUUCUUUCAUUGACUCAGACAAUGAUUACAUCAAGAAUCCAGGUCGAACCAUAACAAAUACUAAUAAUUGUGGUAAACUGCCACCAGCCCCAACGCUGUGUGGGUCCUGGAGGAAUGAAGCAGAAAUUAUAAACCUCAGCAUUUAUCAAUGUUUCCAAACGAUUAUUUUCAUCUUACGUGAUAAUAACUUGCUUGAAAUCACUGUCACCUGAUGGUCUUAUUUAAGAAACAAUAACUCAAACAUAAUUUUUUCUAACAUAGCUUUUUAAAAAUUACCUUUUUGAUUUUUUGACUCUUGAGUUUUCAUUUUCACCUAUCAGAUCCUUUCUCUGAAGAAAUUCGAUGACAAUUUAAAAUCAUAUCCUUUCCUCCCAGGCCCUUAUUAUAUAUGCAAAGGAGAAACUUUCGCGCCUUGGAUUGGUUGGGAUUGGGGUGCGGGCAGAAAGCUUCUGGGUGCCUUAGCCAUUGGGUGGGCAGCGGCCGCUUUUGAGGAUGCACAAUAGUCUCUGGGGAGGCCAACCAUAUGCAGGUCCUUUCCCAAUUUUUCCCCUUGGGGGAAAUUAAGGGGGGAAAAUUAAAAAGCAAAAAAGAGACUAAGGAAGUAAGGAAGUCAUUGCCAGAUUCUUAGGGGGGCCUUGACACUUCUCCCCAAGUUCUGAACCCCAUCACUUUCAUUCGCCAGCUUUACAGAUCUUAUAAACACCCUCCGGAAAUUCAGCCAAAUCAUAAAUAGUCUUUCUUCAAGCUCCACGGAAUUGAGGAUUUUAAAGCUGAUUCAAGGACUUUUACAAGCCCAACAAAUACAGUUGUAAAAAUGCCUUUGGAAAAAUAUCACAUUUUAUAAAAUGAGAUUGAUACGUGUGCUGUAAAUGUCAACUAUCUUGAAGGCACACCUCUCAGGCAAGAGAGAGCAGCCCAGGACAGGCUUCUUGUCCAGUGUGGGGAAGGCCAGGCCUGGUAUUGCGGUAAAAGCAAUUCAGACAAUUUCUGGAGCUGCUGAGACAACUGCUUCUGGUUCUGGAACAACUCUAGGUGGCAAGUCCCCCCAGAAGUCCCAGAAAAGGCAGGAAAGGGGGAUAUCCCAGGACAGCGCCCAUGGAUGGGUGACCCAGAAACCAAGUGCAUCAAUUAUCCCCUGCAGCCUUGGGCCCGCGGAGCUGCCCUCUAUGUGGGGCUGGGCCAGUGUCUCUGGGUCACUAGCACCUCUAAAAUGAGGACAGAGGUGCCAUAUCUGGAUCUGUCUCAUCUCUCAGCGGAUCGGGAUGGCCGAGGGCGAGUCCAGGGAGCUGGGCGAGGGGAGCAGGUCCCAAGGGUGGCUUCGGAGCUCUGUCUCACAGCCACUCCUCUGUGGGUCCCUUUCUUGUUGAAAUCUGUGGUUUCUGGCCUCUUGUUCCUGGGUUCAGAGGGAGCGGGAGUGGGGCACACAGCUUGUAGGGGAUGCUUUGAGGCCAGGCAAUCGCUGGCCAUUGGAAGGAGGCCCAUGGAGACUCAAAGGAGACCUGUUUUAUGUAGGAGGAGGGGGCCAGUGGGGGAAGAGACCAGCCUCGUCCCGCUCCUGGUCAGCUCGAGGUGAGCCUUCCUCCUCUCGGAGGCGAGGCUCAGGCCCUUGGUGGGAGUGAGGACAGAGAGAAAGGAGGGAGCCCUGCGAGGGCUCCGGAGUGAGGAGCGGGGCGUGAAGGCCUGGUUUCUCAGAGCCCUUCCCCAGCUCCGGAACCGGCACCCAAGGGUAGGGGAGUGCAGGGGGAGGGGCGCCCUCGGGGCCCUGCCGCGAGGGCAGGCCCGCCGGAGCCCAGCCAUCCUUGUCACCGCCCCUCCGGGGCGCGGGGCUGUCAGGUUUCCUGUUUGGAGAGGAAAACCCAGCCAAAUCCCACAAGGCAAAAGGGGAGGAGGAGAGAGCGGGCCUGGCCGGGCCUCUGCGGCGGCCGGGACGCCGGUGCCCCUACCCCGGCCCGAUCCGCCGGCCCCGGCCCGGGCCGUGCCCGCCGCCGGCGUUCGGGGAGCGAGCUGGGCCGGCUGGCUGUGCGCGCCCAUUAAUCUGCCGGGCGGGCGGCGGGCGGGCGGGCUGGGGGCUGUUUGUAACUUUGCUGCCUCGGUCGCCGCGGUCCCCGGGGAGCGGGCUCCGGCGCUCGCUCCCAUUGGCCGCCGCCGCGUCAGCUGGUGCGAUUUGCUGCUGUCGCUUUUGGCGUUCGGCCAUCCAGAAACAAACCAGUUCGAUGACUACUAAUAGUUAUAGCCAGAUGUACUAAUACACAACAAAUCACAGUCCUGCAGAGGGGCGCGCAAAUGAGUUCCUAUUUUGUGAAUCCCACUUUCCCCGGGAGCCUGCCCAGCGGCCAGGACUCCUUCUUGGGCCAGCUGCCCCUCUACCCGGCCGGCUAUGACGCGCUGAGGCCCUUCCCGGCCUCGUACGGGGCGUCGAGCCUCCCGGACAAGACGUACACCUCACCUUGUUUCUACCAACAGUCCAACUCGGUCCUGGCCUGCAACCGGGCGUCCUACGAGUACGGGGCCUCGUGUUUCUAUUCUGAUAAGGACCUCAGUGGCGCCUCGCCCUCGGGCAGUGGCAAGCAGAGGGGCCCCGGGGACUACCUGCACUUUUCUCCCGAGCAGCAGUUCAAACCCGACAGCAGCAGCGGGCCGGGCAAAGGCCUCCAUGACGAAGGCACCGACCGGAAGUACACGAGCCCCGUUUACCCCUGGAUGCAGCGGAUGAACUCCUGCGCGGGUGCUGUGUACGGGAGUCACGGGCGCCGAGGCCGCCAGACCUACACCCGCUACCAGACGCUGGAGCUGGAGAAGGAGUUCCACUUCAACCGCUACCUGACGCGGCGCCGCCGCAUCGAGAUCGCCAACGCGCUCUGCCUCACCGAGCGCCAGAUCAAGAUCUGGUUCCAGAACCGCCGCAUGAAGUGGAAGAAGGAAAAUAAACUCAUCAAUUCCACACAGCCCAGCGGGGAGGACGCUGAGGCAAAGGCGGGCGAGUAGACGCCUGGGCAGGGACCAGGCCCGCGCCGCAACCUCCCUUGGCUUUGCCCCCUUGCCUUCGCCUGCUCCCCAACUUUUCUUCCCGCCUGCUCCCAUCCGGGGGGCUUCCGCAGCUUCAGGGGAACCCGGCGCUUUGCAAAGGUCUGAGCAUUUAUUUCGUACAAGGAAACAAAACAAAACCAAACCACACACAGCCAAUCCCAGCGGUGGAGCGGGGCGCACUGCACACGCAGCCCCGCUCGCCAAGGCUGCCCAAGCCGGCUCCAGAUCUCAGGGCGCGCCCCGAAUCCGUCCCCCGCUCUCGUGUCAGCGCCUCUGCACGCCUCUGAGCUCGGGGCGCCGGGGCGCGGGAGAGGAAAGAACCCUCGGGCCGAGCCCCUUUUAGAGGCUGGGCGCUUCCGCCUCGGUUCCUCGCCACCAAGUCCCGGAGGGCAUCGCCACAUCACCUCGGACCACUGGAAAGAGGGGGCCUCAGGGCUGGGGCCCCAGCACUGCCGUGGCCUCCUAGGCCGCCCCCAGGCAGGAAGGAGCGCGAGGAACAAAGAGGGCGGGAGAGAGCUAGUCUCUCGGCCCCGCGCGCAACCGUCCGUGGAAGAGAAGCAGCCUCAGCGCAGCCGAGCCAACCUGGGCGCGGGUGGAACUUUACAGCCCUGGGAACGACUGGGCUCCCGAAGGCUCCGAGCUCCGGAUCCCGGCUCCCUGCCUCUGACAGUGCGGGCGCUGCCACCACAACAGCUUUCAGGACCUAAGGAGGGGGCCCUGGGCUAAGGGAGCGGCCAGAGUCCUGGUUUCCAAACGUGCCAGGGGCGCCUGCGUUGCCUGGCCUUCGGCGGGGAGACCGAGCCCACCCCCCGUGCCUUUAGGCUGUAUUUAUGACUUACUUUCAUCUUACAGAACCCAGGAGGCUAACUACGGAGAUACUAGACACUGCCGCAACAUGCUUUCGUUAGCGCCCUCGUUUUACUCUUGGAGGUCUAAGCAAGACCCUAAUAGCUCGACCCAUGGAUCUCUCGCCCCUAAGCAGCUUCCGAGGCUGCGGGGAGCCUGGGCCCACUCGCUGGGUUCACCGAGAAUCCUCCGACUUGGGGCCGGGUUGGCUCGAGGAAAGGGACCGGGUGGUGAAGAUUCUCCAGGCUGGAUACUUAAAGCAAAUAAAAUAGCAAACUAAUGACACGAAAACCGUAUUUACACGAAAGAAAAAUCGACCCCGGUUAUAAAAGUGUAUGGAAUUUGACCUCGCCUCGGAGAAACACUACACAAAAGCUAUCUUUAAUAGACGCCUGUCAUUUAAGAGCGGCAGGGACACUGUCCCUUAUGCGCUCGCAAAAACAGAGCCGUAAUUGUAGCUGCUGCUGGCAGGAUUUAUUUCUCCAAUUGGCUCAAUGGCCUCCCCCCUUCCCCGAAGGUGAUAUCUGUAUUUUCAAAUUUCAGAGCUGCCGGCACGACGGGCAGAACUGACCCCAACCUCGACACAAAAAUAAGAGGGGCUGCACAGCGGGGAAAUAAAGUUGUUGUAAAUAAAAUCCAAGUCACCAUCUCCUCCCAAUCCUCUGCAGCCUCGCCGGGCACGCGAUCGGCAGCUGACGGCCUCACAAUUGGUACAUCCUAAUGGAACUGCGAGGGAAAUGCAAUAAUUUUGCCAUAAUGGGCUGUAACCUCAAUUCGAC